AUGUGUUCCAUCUACAUCUUCGAAUACGCCUGCGGUUGCAAGCACCAAGAAGAGGGCGUGGUCCCCUGUGCCAAUCAAAACACUCCUGCCUGCAAAGGUGUUAAAGAGCAACCUCGUCAACGAGUUGGCGUCCGAUGCGCUCGUCACGCGGAUGGCGCUGCACAGGGUUUGGCUAACAAGAUACUGCAGGCACUCGUUGACUCAGGACUCGAGGCCGUCCAUCGCUAUGCCCUACGCUGUCAUCCAGUGGUUGGCUUCCCCGCCCUGUCUGUGUCUGCUUCAAGAUAG